AUGGUUCCUUCCUUUUAUAAUCACACUAAUCCGCAGGAUAUGUGGUAUGUACUGAUUGGAAUCCCAGGAUUGGAAUAUUUGCACACUUGGAUUUCCAUCCCUAUCUGUGCUAUGUACAUUGUGGCCAUGGUAGGCAAUAUCUUCUUGAUCUUCCUGAUCAUAACUGAGCGCAGUCUCCAUGAGCCCAUGUAUUUCUUCCUGUCCAUGUUGGCCUCAGCAGACCUCCUGCUCUCCACAGCCACAGUCCCCAAGAUGCUGGCCAUCUUCUGGUUCCAUUCCACGGAUAUAGCCUUUGGGAGCUGUGUGUCUCAGAUGUUCUUCAUACAUUUCAUCUUUGUGGCAGAAUCUGCUAUUCUCCUGGCCAUGGCAUUUGACCGCUAUGUGGCCAUCUGUUACCCACUGAGAUACACCACCAUUCUAACCUCCUUGGUCAUUGGGAAGAUUGGUGUAGCAGCUGUGGUCAGGAGCUUUUUCAUCUGCUGUCCAUUCAUCUUCCUGGUAUACCGACUUACAUAUUGUGAGAAAAACAUCAUUCCCCAUUCCUACUGUGAGCAUAUGGGCAUUGCCAGAUUAGCAUGUGAUAAUAUCAAAGUCAAUAUCAUUUAUGGCUUGACUAUGGCCCUACUCUCCACAGGGAUGGAUUUGGUGUUCAUCAUUAUGUCCUACACAAUGAUCCUUUGCACAGUCUUCCAGAUACCUUCCUGGACAGCCAGAUUCAAGGCUCUUAACACAUGCACCUCCCAUAUCUGUGUCAUAUUUAUGUUCUAUACUCCAGCAUUCUUUUCAUUUUUUGCCCAUCGCUUUGGAGGUAAGACCAUCCCUUCUCACAUCCACAUCCUAGUGGCCAACCUCUAUGUGGUGGUGCCCCCUAUGCUCAACCCAAUCAUUUAUGGGGUGAAGACCAAACAAAUUCAAGACCGACUGAUUUUGCUAUUCUCCCCAAUUAGCACAUGCUGUAAAAAUGAAGAAUAA